GCUGGGUGGUGUCCUGGCAGGCGCUGAGCGGAGAUCUUGCAGGCAGUGGCCUUGUCGUCGAAGUCUGGCCUUUCCCGAGGCCGAAAGGUGAUGCUGUCAGCGCUGGGCAUGCUGGCGGCAGGGGGUGCGGGGCUGGCUGUGGCUCUACAUUCGGCUGUGAGUGCCAGUGACCUGGACCUGCACCCCCCCAGUUAUCCGUGGUCUCACAGUGGCUUCCUCUCUUCCUUGGACCACACCAGCAUCCGGAGGGGCUUCCAGGUAUAUAAGCAGGUGUGCUCCUCCUGCCACAGCAUGGACUUCGUGGCUUACCGACACCUGGUGGGCGUGUGCUACACGGAGGAUGAAGCUAAGGCGCUGGCUGCGGAGGUGGAGGUUGAAGAUGGCCCCAAUGAAAACGGGGAGAUGUUCAUGCGGCCAGGGAAACUAUUCGAUUAUUUCCCAAAACCAUACCCCAACACUGAGGCUGCUCGAGCUGCCAACAACGGAGCAUUGCCUCCUGACCUCAGCUACAUCGUGCGAGCUAGGCAUGGUGGUGAGGACUACAUCUUCUCCCUGCUCACGGGCUACUGCGAGCCACCCGCCGGGGUGUCACUUCGGGAAGGUCUCUACUUCAACCCCUACUUUCCUGGCCAGGCCAUUGCCAUGGCCCCUCCCAUCUACACAGAUGUCCUGGAGUUUGACGAUGGCACCCCAGCUACCAUGUCCCAGAUAGCGAAGGACGUGUGCACCUUCCUGCGCUGGGCAUCUGAGCCAGAGCACGACCAUCGAAAACGCAUGGGGCUCAAGGUAAAAGGGUUGGGAGAAGGCCAUGGUGGGUAUCAGAGAAGGGCUGAGAGCUGGGCAGGGCUCCUCCCCACUCCCUUCUCUGAGCCUUCCUCGUCCCCAGAUGUUGAUGAUAGCGGCUCUGCUAGUGCCCCUGAUCUUCAUCAUGAAGCGGCACAAGUGGUCAGUCCUGAAGAGUCGGAAGCUGGCGUAUCGGCCGCCCAAGUGACCCUGUCCAGUGUCUGCUUGCCAUCCUGCCAGAACAGGCCCUCAAGCCCAAGAGCCAUCCCAGGCCUGUUCAGCCUCAGCUGGCUAACCCCUGUUUGUCUGGAAAAAGAGGCAAGGGGACAGGAGACCAGGCCCUAGCUCUGGGCCCUCCUUCAGCCCCCAUCAUGGGAAUAAAUUAAGUUUCUCAAUGUA